AUGGACCCCUGCAAGGCAUGUACAAUAAAGCGUGACGGGAAACACCUUCUGGGAGCAGGAACUGCCGGAAGCCUGGCUAGGAAAUACGGUCUACGAAGCCGUAUCCUGGAACCUUUUCACGUAAACGGCAGCGAGCGGGCUUUUUCAAGCGGUGUUCCGCUAGAGACCGAGUCGGCGGUUGCGUCACGGGCUCCCCGGCCGACGCCCGGCUGUGGCUGUGGAGACAAUGAGAGACCCGGCUGGACAGCACGGACCCGGCUCAGCCCCGCAGACUCAGAUCCGGCCUUUGAGGCGAGAGGCCUGAGAGAAGAGCCCAGAGUGGGGCUGGGGCUGCAGUGA